AAGCGCCUGGCACGCGGUUCGCACCGGGAUCCGAGAGAACGAGCAGCAUAUAUAACGUGGACGGUGAACGAAACAUUUUUCUAGCCAUCUAUAAACAUAUAUGUAGGCGUUCGAAAAGGCAGACUGGUUAUCAAAGAAGAACGCGGUGCGCAAUUAUUUUUCGCGAGGACGAGUUCAUUCGAAGAAAUCGUGUGAAGCGACUCGAAAGCGAAAUUUAACUGACGAUUCUAACACGAGGUCGUUGUUUAGAGUGUGACAGAAAGGAGCGACUCCGCAUGCCCUUGUAUCGUGGCUGAAUUUCGACAGGACGUAUCCACGCAUCGAUUGGAUGAUUCGAACGAUUAGCGCAACGGUGUUGAACGACUGAUCGGAUCGAAUCGAAUCGAAUCGUGUUCAAGAUUCAAAGAAACGACCACGUUAAAUAUCUCGGUCCCGUAUCGCGACAUUUCGCCGUGCGAACAGGUGGACAAUACAUAAUCAACAGGAUUUUCGUAACUCAACCAUCAGUGAAUUCCCUCGCGUAUCUUGUGCGUCUCGUUCCUUGAACUUUCGUCGUUCACCAAGAGUGCCGAGGCAAUACCAUGAAGGACUUUAUGAUGAUAUGGAAUCAUAUCGCCGGUCGACGCUACUCGAGCGUCAACGUGAAUCAAAAUCAGAGCGAUUCCAGCGAAUCGGAAGAGAUAGCGAUAAACAGGACGAACAACUUGAGAAGAAAGUCGUCGAUCGUGGUGAACCGAUUCUUUAACGCGACGCUAUCGGUGCACACGGAAGGAAAACCGAAAUGGCCAAAGAGUAUUUUCAUGCUGAUGACUUUGGGCUCGCUCGGUCUUGCCACUGGUUGCAUCCUCUUUGUACUUCAACCGUACGAUCUACUUUUCAAGUUGAAAGUGAUAUUCAGCGACGGCGGUGAAAUUUUCGAACUAUGGCGGAAACCCGAUGUCGAGCUUUACGUAAAGAUCUAUCUAUUCAACGUGACGAAUCGCGAUGAAUACAUGUCCGGUAAGGAGAGUAAGCUCAAGUUCCAGGAAAUUGGCCCUUAUACUUACAGAGAGGUGCUCGAACACGCGGAUGUCAAGUUCAACGACAACGGCACUGUGACAACAUUCCCGCAUCAUCCACUGAAAUAUGUACCGGAAAUGAGCGGAGGCAGGGAAGAGGAUGAAGCGAUACUACCAAAUAUUGCUUUACUGAGUAUCACAAAUGUGAUGAAGGAUGCUAGCUACUUCACCAGAUUGGGUUUGAAUCUACUGAUUAUGAAUACAAAUUCACAGCCUCUGGUCAAAAUGACUGCUAAAGAAUUCAUGUUCGGAUACGAAUCUACCCUUGUCACUCUUGGUAACAAGAUGAUGCCAUCCUGGAUCAAAUUCGAUAAAUUGGGUCUUAUUGAUAGGAUGUACGAUUUCGACGGUGAUUACGAAACCGUUUACACCGGAGAAAAAGACAUUCGUGAAACAGGACUAAUUGAAAAAUAUAAUGGUGAUUAUAAUCUACCACAAUGGACAGGAAAAUGCGCGAAUGUAAACCAUGCUAGUGAUGGAGUGAAAUUUCCAAGUUACCUCGAGCCAAAUGACACUGUAUUAUUCUUCAGAAAGAGUCUAUGUCGCAGCGCGUACAUGACUCAAACUGAAGAAACAUACAUCCAAGGAUUGCACGCAUAUAAAUACAAGUUUGUGGAGAACGUGUUAGACAAUGGUGCCUACAAUCCAGAAAACAAAUGUUUCUGUCGGAAGGGAUACUGUUUGAAGCCUGGUUUAAUUGAUGUCACCGAUUGUUACUAUGGUUUCCCAAUCGCUCUCUCGUAUCCGCAUUUCUACAAAUCUGAUCCAAGUCUGUUGGCAGCGGUCAAGGGUUUGACCCCAAGAGCAGAUCUUCACGAAUCAUUUGCAUACGUUCAGCCACAAUCAGGCCUUCCUCUUAAACUGGCCUUCCGUUUCCAAAUAAACAUGGCACUGCAAAAUAUUGGACACAUGGCUCGAGUGGAAAAAUUUGAAAACUUCGUAUUACCAUUACUAUGGUUCGAAAUUGGAAUGUAUGAGUUACCAACAUCAAUGAAUAUUCGUUUCUGGUUGUAUUUAAAUUUCUUACCAGUUCUUCAAUGCAUAGUAAUUUAUUCCUUAUUUAUUAUCGGCUCUAUACUCAUAGUGCUCAGUAUCCACAAAAUCCUUAUGUAUCAACUGAAUGGAUCAACGGUGUCCCGGCAAUGGUUAGACCCUGAAAUACAAAGUAAUAAAUUACAAUGUUUCAACAACAAUAGACGGAUGUCGUGCAAAGUCAAAGAAAUGGAUUUGUACUAUAGUACGUUACUUGAAUCGAAAGAUGCAAGCCCAAUCACUGAAGAAUCGCCGGAAUUAUCGAGUUUAAAAGAAGAUAUAGUGUGACCGAUAAAUCACGGUCGGAAUUCUUGAAAGAGGCUAUUUCCCGCGUAAAACUAAUUUAUGCUCAAAACGUCCAGAGCGCAUCAAAAAUCAAAAUUCAAAUCGACAAAUAGUAGAAUAUUUUUGUACUUUGAAAUUUAUCGUUAUUUCCAUAAAAUUCAAGAUUCAAUGGAAAUCUCAAUAUAUUAUAUUUACACUUCGAUAACAAAAAUAUAACUAUAUAAAUCACUUAGCAAAGAACUACAAAAGAUCUUAUCAGUUAGCGCAAGUGCAACUAUAAACGUGGUAAUGGCAUCUUUUUUCAUAUUUUCUUACCAAAUUUCAAUUACCAUUUAUUAAUACGAACGGUGCAAAUUCAAAAUAAAUUCGGAAUUUAAUUUUUUAAAUAUAUAAUUUAACAUGAGAAGUAAUAGAAAAACAAAUGUCUACAUUCUAUAGACUUUCAUGUGCAUAUAUAAAAUCUCAUAUUAUUUAAUAUUUCUUUUACACUUUUACACUUCAUCGAAAAACCGGUGUGCUUAUUAAGAAAAGAAGAAGAAAAGAUAAAUGCAAUAAUCGUUUACAUAAAACAUGCACAGUUUACAUAAACGAUUAAUUGCAUUAAGACUGAUAUUAUAGACUGGUUAUAGCGAUUAAGUGAUUUGUAUGGAACUUUAAUAUGAUUAAAAAUGUUAACAUUUUUAAAUUUAAAAGGAAAUGGAAGAAGGAUCGAAAAUAUAAGAAGUAAAUGAUAUGUAAAAAGUAUCAAUUUGGAAUUGCACCGUUUGUAGUUGUGAUUGAAAGAUAAAAUAUGAGACGGCGAAAUUUAAUUAAAAUGUAUUUCAAUACAUUCAUAUAAUGGACAAGGAAAAAAGGGUACUUGAGUAAUAACUCUUAAUAAUUCUUUGAAAGAUCAAUAAACAAUUGUGUACCAUAUAUAGGUAUUUUUGCUCUACGACGAGCUAUUAAAAGUAUUAUUUUAUAUCGUAUAAAAACUGUCGAAAUACUUCACGAGUAUAGAAAUUAAUCAUUCGUCCAGUUGCAAUUUAAAUAUGAAUCUAUCAGAUAAUCUCAUUAUUAAAAAUAAUUCCCUCAAUAAUAAUUGUAACUAAAUAAUUCUUAAAUAAUACAGAAUUAUUACAGUACAGAAAUUAUUAUUACCAUUAUAAAGUAUGAGAAUAUUGUGGGGAAUAUAAAGACCGACUAUCAAACUCUGUUAGCUUUAAAAAAAAAUUGCUGCAAUUGUAAAUAUUGUACAUAGCCAUUUAGUUAUGAAUCACCAAUAUGUAGUAUUUGCAUUGUUUAUAAUUCUUUAAAGUUUAUACACGUCAUAUAGGGUAAUGUUGAAUUUAUCGCAUUUACUGUCUUGCAUGUUAAAUGUAAAAACAGUAAACUUGAUAGCACUAUUUUUUUUCAUCUGAAAUAUGUGCUAAGUCAAAAAUAAUAAGAUGUAAUCUCGUAAUUAAUAAGUUAUUUAUAAGAUAAAUAGCCAUAAAACUUUGUUAAACAUCAAUCUUGCCUCGUCUAUGUAAAUUAAUCACUAUUGGUGAUCAGCUAAGGAAACAGUAUUGUUAUAGUAUGAAAAUAAACAUGUUCCUAUGAAAUAUUCUCACAUUAACUAUAAUAGAAUAAAACAACUGUUGCUUAA